UGGUGCUGGGGGUGAAUUACCGUCAAGAAGACAUCCAGGGAACCAGUUAUUUUGGUUAGAUUCCCCUCCGGAGACUCCUAAUCGGAUUGAGUUUGCCGAUUGACAGUGUUUCAUUUCGUGCAGUUAGUCGUCUAGGGACGACUGGCACACACUAUAUGUACCUGAACUCCACACACAAUCAGAAGUAUCUUGGCUUAUGGAAUCGGACGGGCACAGGCCUAGACAGCACCUUUGAUCUGUACUCGUUCGAUGACCCUACGGUCAGAACCGCUCCCAUCCCGACACUUGCAGUUCUCCCAGACUUUGGAUCGGUGCACGGUAGUUGGGACCCCGGUCAAUUUAUCACCGUCCCAGGCUCCAAACCUACUGGGGGCAAGGCGUGCAAGAAACAUCAUUGGGUGUACACCCCUGAGCCUGUCAACGGAACAGGGCAUGAUUGGGAUGUUGAAUAUGUGGGCGUGUUUCUUUUCGAUGCCAUAACGCAGUUCUUGCAGAACUUAAGCGUGACUCCAAAAACGCAAAUGGCAUUAGUGGAGACCAACGGUUUAAUGAUGGCCUCCAGCGUAGACCGCCUGCUCUACAACCAGUAUGGCAAUGACUCUGUAAAUAUCGAUGCGUGCCAAAGUCCCCUGUUACGGGCCGCAGCUAGUCAUAUUCAAGAUACCUACGGCACGUACACGAGUUUGCCGAAAACGUAUAGCGCCCGCUUCUCCAGCCCCGAAGAUGGGAACGUCUUUCUCGACACCGUCCGGAUCCAAGACGGCCUCGGACUUGAUCUUAUCGGAAUUCUGGCAGUUCCUGAGGACGAUUUGGUUGGGACAAUGAAAAAUACGCGGCAGACCGCUGCUGUAACAGUGACGGUCGUCGCGGUCCUCAUGAUGGUUGUGGCCGGCUUGGCCAGUCAUCUUUUCACGCUUCCGCUGAGGAGGUUGUGUCAAAUCAUGCGCAUGGCAACGGUUUUCGAUUUCUCAAGCGUGCGUGAUAAUGACAUGACGAGUCGUCGCUCCUUUCUUCGCGAAAUCGCCAUCAUGGAGAGUGCUUUCAUCCAGAUGCUCAAAGAGUUUGCCAAGGCGAUAGAAAAGAACAAGGUAUUGGCCGGAAACCGCAAAAGCCCCGACAUGGGGUCGGACCACGGGCAGAAUGAGCAAGAAGACGAGCACAUGUCGGGAAGCGGGGAUCCGCGUGAAUCCGUAUGAUUGGCCGGCUGGUCAUCUACUACCUGGUCAAUCCGACACAUGCACAUGCACGGAAUGCAGGACUUCGAGAAAACAUCUUGUGUUUCCGUACCUCAUGUGUCUGUAUCUGUAUCUGUAUCGAAGUUUGUAUCUGCAUCGAAGUUUGUUUUGUAA